AUGUUGACAUCACCUUGCAACCAGACAUCAGAUAAUUCUUUCAUCCUCAUAGGCAUCCCAGGCCUGGAGGGGGCACACCUGUGGCUGGCAGCUCCAUUGAGCUUUAUGUAUGCUGUGGCUCUUGUAGGGAACACUCUAAUUCUGACUGUGAUCUGGGUCGACCCUACUCUGCAUGAGCCCAUGUACUACUUCCUGUGCAUUCUGGCAGCUGUCGACAUCAUCAUGGCAACCUCUGUAGCUCCCAAGAUGUUGAGCAUCUUUUGGACAGGUGAUGGUGCCAUCACAUUCAUCGCCUGCUUUGCUCAGAUGUAUGUGGUCCAUGCAGCCACAGCGGUUGAGACAGGCCUGUUACUAGGCAUGGCUUUUGAUCGCUAUGUGGCCAUCUGCAAACCCCUGCACUACCAAACCAUCCUCACACCCAAGAUGAUGUUGGGGAUUGGCCUGGCUAUCAUGGUGAGAGCUAUUCUGUUCAUGACUCCACUGAGCUGGAUGGUGAUUCAGCUGCCAUUCUGUGGCUCACACAUGGUCCCCCAUUCCUAUUGUGAGCACAUGGCUGUGGCCAAGUUGGCAUGUGCUGAUUAUAUGCCUAGCAGCCUUUAUAGUCUGAUUGGUUCCUCUAUCAUUGUGGGUUCUGAUGUGUCCUUUAUUGCCACCUCCUACAGCCUGAUUCUGCAGGCAGUGUUCAGACUUUCUUCUAGGGAUGCCCGACUCAAGACUCUCAGCACCUGUGGCUCACAUGUAGGAGUCAUGGUGCUCUACUAUUUUCCUGGGAUAAUAUCCCACUAUGUGGAGUGGUUUGGGCAGGGUGUAGUGCCUCUGCACACCCAGGUGCUACUUGCUGAUUUUUAUUUAGUCAUUCCACCCACCUUGAACCCUAUCAUCUAUGGCCUGAGGACCAAACAGAUCCUAGAGCGAGUGUUAGGUGUGCUAAGGAACUGUUGGUGCACUGUGUGA